CGGAAGGAGAUCGCCAUCGAACAGGGCUUUGCGCCAGCUGGACUGGCUGCGUGACGCGCUUGUGUCGCAGCCAGAAUCCGGCUCCCACACAUCCCUCGCCUGCACAUUGUGGAUGGAACCGUAUACCCCCAUAAGCGUGCGCGUGAGUUGAUGCAGGCCGCCGUCAUUGCCGCCACGGAAGCACUCGCUAUAGAUAACCCCACCUGGGCCUCCCCCAGCUCGUGCACCGAGUAACAUGGCCGGUAUGCACUUCACCGACGACACCUCUGUGGGUCACGAGGUUGAUGGCAACGAUCACGAGCGUCACCCGGCUCAGGUCAGCGAGCAGCACGCACACAACGGCGACGAGACAUGGCCGCUUUCUGCGGCGCAGGCAGCCGGCAGCGCUGCGAUAGCGCGCUUACCACGUGUGAGUCUCUUCUCACCAGGUGUACCUGCUAUGUCACCCAUGGCCUCUCCAGACGCUGGUAUCGGAUAUGCCCGGGCAACACCUGAGGGCAGCCCGACACCCACAGGUUCUUCUCGUCCACUGUCUUCACUCGCAGCCAUGACCAGCAUGACAAAGCGCACAUCGCGGCUUAAACUAGGUGACGACUACAAGCCGAUUGUGCAACUCCAAACGCAGAUCCCGAGUGCCCAAAAGAGCGGCGAUGAUCCGUCUACUCCCCUCGACACGCCUGGCAGGAAGCGGACUACUAUUGAUCUUGUCGGCAGCGAAUACGCUACCAUCAACUCUUUGAGCGGUCUCUUCGCCGGAGGCUCCAGCAUGAACAGCCGAGCACCCUCAUACAACCAAGCCACCGGUCCGUUAUACCUACGAGCGUCGAAUGAUGUGGUCCCUCUACCCGAUCACCUCUAUACUCGCGGUUUGCUUGAAGGACGAUACUCGGAUAUAUCCGUCAUCGCGUUCGGCAAACGAUACGACCUGCAUCGUCUGAUCCUCGACCAAGCCCCGUUCUUCACCACCGCGCUUUCCGAACCCUGGAUCGAGAGCCAAGCAAAGGAAGUGACCUUAUACCCUGAAAAGAUCGACCAUGGUAUUACACAAGCUGCAUUCGAACUGGCCAUACGGAAGAUCUAUGGCGUUGAUAUUUCAAAGGAGAUUGAUGCAGAAGCCAUCGGUCUCUUCGCAACAGGCUGCUGGCUGGAGAUGCAGCAUCUAGUCGACUUGGCCAUUGAGUCCAUCCUACGUCAAAUGGUUCCGGAGACUCUUGCGCCUCUGAUUCGGUUAGUCACCGCGAACUACUAUGGUCGAUCAGGAGAGCGCAUCCUUGAGUCAGCCAAAGCUAUGCUCAGCAGGAAUGGAUGGGAAAUGCCACUCAAAAACUGGGACGACAUGCCAGGAGACAUCAUCCGUGAACUCGUCGGGUCAGACGGCUUCUUCGUUGACAGUGAGUGGGACAGAUGGGUGCUCGCCAAACGUCUCCUCGAUCGCCGUCUCAGACAAGUAGCCGUGGAAGCAGGCCUCAUGCAGCGUGGACAAAGACCUAUACCCAAAGCCCCCCAGUCGAUGCGCUUCAUGGCGGUGCGUUUCGAUGGUGUCUACCGACAGAAUGCCCUGACCGCACCGCAAGCAUUUUCCUCGGACUCACAGGCGCAGUGGCUCACCGUAUACACAAACCCUGAUGUUGAGCGUCUUCUGGUCUUGCUUGACGAAGGUAUUCAUUAUAUCCAUAUGGAAUACGAGCAGCUCGAGUAUAUUCGCACUGCUCGCGAUGCGUUUGGUCUUCCAGUCCUGCCUGAACGAGUCAUUUCGAAUGCUUUGUGGCAACAACUUGCUCUGCGUCAGAAAGUACUCAACGCAGACGAGUCAUCUCUGGAACUUGGCCUAUGUCAGGCACCACAAGAACCGGAGACUACUGAUAUCCCUCCCAAUGAUGUGGCGACGCCCUCUGCUAAGGGCAAGCAAAAGGCAGGCGAGCCAGAAACCGAACCUGAGAUCGAGUCUGAAAGUUGGGACGGUAACGGCAAGCCCCGCAAGUUCUGGAUACCCAGCACAGACUGCAACAUUGUCCUCGGCAAUGGCGCUGACCCUGUUGUGACUACGUCAAACACCUUCCAGCGCCAUGCUACUCGCUUGUCUGCCACAAUCCAGCCAGAAGAUGCGCAGUGGGCGACGGACUUCGCCUCUACGCCAUCCACCUUAGCCAAUCCAAACACUCGUGAUUAUCCACCAAGACCUGUUUCGGCAGGUGGAAGUAAUGCUGGCCAGCCAAAAUCACUCGCCUACAGCGAAUUCCCUCCAUUUCGCUUCGCAGCCGAGUUCCCCAACCCACGUUUUCUCAAAGAGAAGAAGCGCGUUUAUUCAAGAACCGUAUCCUAUGCUGGUUCGCUGUGGAAUAUCUAUAUUCAAAAAGUACGCUCCGCUAAGAACGUCCAACUCGGUGUUUACCUCCACCGUGCAAAAGACCGCGAGGUGGACGAGACUACUCAAGACAGUGGCUUGAGUCAGCAAACGAACGCUACAGUCGACUCUCGUAUCGGACAACUCGAGCGUGAGAUGCUCUUGCGUAGCGAGCGAAGGGAGCGUCGCCGCAGCACUCGGGUAACUCUACAGGAUAAUACAGGAGACGACGACACGAGUGGAAGCGGCGGCGAUCCAGAGUCUACACUUGUCUCUACAGGCAUUCGAAACCCUCUGUUUUCCAGCAGUCUAGGUCGCCAUCGGAAUAUGCCUAUCCCUCGACUUUCCAGUCACGGUGUCCAUACAUUGGCAUCACCUUCUCAUGCAGGCGGGCCUGACUCAACACCCCUUUCAUCAGCUUUCAGUCACGUAUACCACGAAGACGACGACACAGAUGAGGAAGAUGAACUGGACUCGGCAUACCUGAAUGCUCCCCUUAAUCCUCUUUUACGCCAAACACGUUUGAGCAUGCCGACUCUGCCGUCAUUCGUGGACGCCAGGCCUACUAUCAGAACCUACUUCAAGAUCUACAGUCCGUCUAAAGGUGGUCGCAUGCUCAGCAUUUACGAAAGCGCCCCCGACAAAUUCAACUUCAGUCAGAGUUGGGGGUGGAAGAGUAGCACUCUCAUGCUCGACGAAGUCAUGAUUAAUGGGACUGCAGACGACUCACCACCAGCGCCAGGAUCAGUACCUCCCAAGAGAGGGGACGGCAAGUUACGGUUCAUGGUGGUCAUCGGCAACCUGUAAUUGCAACGCGGUGUGCAACGAGUUUUACGUCAGGCUUAAGCAUUCGCCAUCGUCAGCUCUACUUCCUGUCUUCCUACGGCGGCUCUUCGAUACACAUCCCUUUAGCAGUCUGCAGUAUUCAGCAUAUGUGGCGUUGGAAGCAAGCCUUGUGUUUUUUAGUAUACCCUUAUAGCAUGUGUCGUUCAAAGCGACGACUGGCGUGGCGUUGCAAUCCGAAUAAUUAAAAUUUUAUGCCCCUAGA